GCCAGGCCUGGUCUCUGAUAAUGGGAUGGGUGGUGCUGGACCUCUGGGGACGGGGCCGGGCCUCGUGGCGGGAGGAGGCAGGGCAGGGCCUCUGGGACGGGGCUGGGCGGCUUGUUGCCGGAAACGAGCCCUUGACGCUGUGGCCCGGAAGUGGAGCGGCUGUCGCAGUGCGGCUCCGGCAGUGGCGGCAGAGGCCUGUGUUUGCGGCCUUCGGCAAGCGACUGAGAUGGCGAGCGCAACUGCACCUGCAGCCGCAGUCCUCACCCUGGCUCCGCCUUUGGAGCAGCUCCGGCACUUGGCGGAGGAGCUGCGGUUGCUCUUGCCUCGAGUGCGGGUCGGCGAAGCCCAGGAGACCACCGAGGAGUUUAAUCGAGAAACGUUCUGGAGAAAACUCAAUGAGGCAGCUAUGACAGUGUCAAGGGAAGCCACGACUCUGACCGCAGUCUUCUCUCAGCUUCCACUGCCGUCUCCACAGGAAACCCGGAAGUUCUGUGAACAAGUCCAUGCUGCCAUCAAGGCAUUUAUUGCAGUGUACUAUUUGCUUCCAAAGGAUCGGGGGAUCACCCUGAGAAAGCUGGUACGGGGCGCCACCCUGGACAUCGUGGAUGGCAUGGCUCAGCUCAUGGAAGUACUUUCCAUCACUCCAACUCAGAGCCCUGAGAACAAUGACCUUAUUUCCUACAACAGUGUCUGGGUUGCAUGCCAGCAGAUGCCUCAGAUACCAAGAGAUAACAAAGCUGCAGCUCUUUUAAUGCUGACCAAGAAUGUGGAUUUUGUGAAGGAUGCACAUGAAGAAAUGGAGCGGGCUGUGGAAGAAUGCGACCCUUACUCUGGCCUCUUGAGUGAUACUGAGAACAACUCUGACAACCACAAUGAUGAGGAUGAUGUGUUGGGGUUUCCAAGCAAUCAGGACUUGUAUUGGUCAGAGGACGAUCAAGAGCUCAUAAUCCCAUGCCUUGCGCUGGUGAGAGCAUCCAAAGCCUGCCUGAAGAAAAUUCGGAUCUUAGUGGCAGAGAAUGGGAAGAAGGAUCAGGUGGCACAGCUGGACGACAUUGUGGAUAUUUCUGAUGAAAUCAGCCCUAGUGUGGAUGAUUUGGCUCUGAGCAUAUAUCCACCCAUGUGUCACCUGACCGUGCGAAUCAAUUCUGCGAAACUUGUAUCUGUUUUAAAGAAGGCACUUGAAAUUACUAAAGCAAGUCAUGUGACCCCUCAGCCAGAAGAUAGUUGGAUUCCUUUACUUAUUAAUGCCAUUGAUCAUUGCAUGAAUAGAAUCAAGGAACUCACUCAGAGUGAACUUGAAUUAUGACUCAUUUGUACUCUUUUCCUCUCUCACCAUCAUGGUCAGGCUCUGAUGUCUGCUUUUAAAAUGGAGCUAGAAUGCUUGCUGGAUUGAAAGGGAGUGCCUAUCUAUAUUUAGCAAGAGACACUAUUACCAAAGAUUGUUGGUUAGGCCAGAUUGGCACCUAUUUAUAAACCAUAUGCGUAUAAUAUAUUUUUCUCUGCUAUAUAUGAAAAAUAAUUGCAUGAUUUCUCAUUCCUGAGUCAUUUCUCAGAGAUUCCUAGGAAAGCUGCCUUAUUCUCUUUUUGCAGUAAAGUAUGUUGUUUUCAUUGUAAAGAUGUUGAUGGUCUCAAUAAAAUGCUAACUUGCCAGUGAUUAAA